UUGACAUCCGGUUUCAUGCUAAAAUUGACAAAAAAUGUUGUGGCUUUGUAAAGAACGUAGACGGGGGCUAUAAUUGUUGGCAAUGAAAGUUAAAAAAGAGAUGGCAGCAGCUUUAGUAUCAUGUGGGAUAAAUAUCACUUGCAGAUAAGAUGAUAGUUUUAAUCGUUAACUUUUAAGACAUUACGAUGACGUGAUGUAUCAAAGACAGUCCCAGAAAAUUAACUGUGAUAAUUUUCCUUAGCAUCAGGGGAUGUUGAAAUAUUAAAUAAAUCUGUGAUAUAGAGAUAUCUGUGUGGAGAUAUCUGUUUGGAGAUAUAUGUGUGGAGAUAUCAGUUUGGAGAUAAAGACAUCAGUAUAGAGGUCGCUGUGAUAUUUUGCAUAUACACAUAUCAAAUCUUGACGUAAUGCCAACAUUAACAUCACCUUUAGACAUGAGAUUUCGUCCUGUGCGACUUAUAAGAUCUCUGUUUAUGAUAGUUUUAAUAUUGUUUGUGUUUCUAAAUCUUCAUGUGUUGAUGAACUUUGAACCUCACAAUUCCGAUGCGUAUGAUCGAACUUUAUUGUAUAAGUUGCGUCAUAGUAACAAUUUAAAAGCUCAUGUCCAAACAGACCGAUCUCAGCUGCAGGAUUCAGAUGGUCCUGAGAACAGUUCAAAAGUAGAAGUAUUAAUACUACCAAAUCAGUACAAUCAAACGUUUGUUUCACGACACAAUAUACCUGAGCACAACUUAACUCAAAUAAAAUUAGAAAUUGACCGUCGAAAUGCUGAACAAUACGUUCACAAUCUUCAAAAAUAUGGCCUGAGCUUAGGACCAGAAAGUGUUGUAAUAGUUGUACAAGUACAUGAUAGAGCAAACUAUUUAAAAAUUUUACUAGACUCUUUAAGGAAAGUCAAAGGAAUUGAGAAGACGUUACUUAUAUUCAGUCAUGAUGUUUUUUCCGAGCAGCUGAAUUCCAUCGUAGAAACCAUUGACUUUUGUCCUGUAAUGCAGAUUUUUUUCCCUGUCUCAGCUCAACUUCAUCCCAAAGAGUUCCCUGGUGAACACCCCAAUGAUUGUCCCCGUAAUGUCAAAAAAGAUCAAGCUUUAAAAAUAAAAUGUAACAAUGCAAACCAUCCAGACAAGUAUGGUCAUUACAGAGAAGCCAAAUACUGCCAAACAAAACACCAUUGGUUCUGGAAAUUAUUCCACGUGUUUGACCAGCUGACCGUGAUGAAGAAUUACACAGGUCUGGUGUUAUUGUUGGAGGAAGAUUAUUAUGUAGCGCCAGACGUUAUAACUAUAUUACAGAUGAUGAAUCAUUUAAAGAAAAAAGAUUGUAAAGACUGUAGAAUGCUUACUGCAGGAAACUACGACAAAACACAAAGUUAUUCAAUAAAUUCUGGAAAGGUUGAACUGGGGCAUUGGAUAUCAUCAAGACAUAAUAUGGGGAUGGCAUUUAAUAGAGAUCUGUGGAAGGAUAUUAAAAAAUGUACUUCAGAGUUUUGUAACUUUGACGAUUACAACUGGGAUUGGACAUUACAACAUUUAAGUAUGAAGUGUAUCCCAGAUAAAGUCAAAGUUAUGAAGAUGAAGGCAACCAGAGUCUUUCAUAUCGGGGAAUGUGGUGUGCAUCACAAAGGGAAGAAUUGUCAGCCAGACAAUAAAAAGAAACAGAUAGAAACUCAGUUACAUUCAAAUAAACAGCAUUUAUUUCCUAAUGUUCUGUCAGUGGGAGGACAAUCAAAGUUCAAAUUACGUGACCCCAAACCUAAUGGUGGCUGGGGAGACAAGAGGGAUAGAGAAUUAUGUUUAAGUUUUGCUAAAGGUCAAGUGUAACACAUCAUUAUGUAUAGACUCAUUUUACUUGGAUAUUUUGUUAUCAUUGUUGGGCUACAUUUUUUUUGGGGUACACAUACAGCUAUUAAUCUUAUUACUGGACAAAUUAACUUCAUAAGGAAAUGACAAACUAUUACUUUGUAUACUUUGAAAAUGACAGUAAUGACACAGAUCACCAUGCUUCUUUCUUUUGACUGGUCACUGAGAUUAAUUUACCAAAUACCCUCGAGCAAGGGCUUAAAUUUUUAGAAAAAAAAGAGUCUUUCAAUUAGGAAAUUGAAAAUAAAUCACAUCUAUUGAUUAAUUCCAUUCUGAUAGGAAAAUAUACCAAAAAUAAAUUAAAUUUAUGAUGUGUCAUUAUACACCAUAAUAUUUUAUCAGUUAUGUGCUGGAAAUUGUUAUGAUGUUUUCAAUUUCUGAUGGUGAUGUUUUUGUUGAGUAUUUUAUCAUAGAUACUUGUACAAAGUGUUAAGAAUAUGUCAUGUUCUUAUCAAAGAAUAUGUCAUGUAAUUAUCAAAGAAUAUGUCAUGCUGUUAUCAAAGAAUGUGGCAUGUUAUCAUCAAAGAAUUUGUCAUGUCAUUAUCAAAGAAUAUAUCAUGUUAUCAUCAAAGACUAUGUUAUGUUAUCAUCAAAGACUAUGUCAUGUUAUCAUCAAAGAAUAUGUCAUGUUAUCAAAGAAAAUGUCCUGUUAUUAUCAAAGAAUAUGACAUCCAAAGUAAAAGUAGAAUUAAAACACAUUUGACUUUUUUACAAGUUUUACUUUAACUUUUCUUGAAAAGAUUGGAUAUAGUAAAAAUAAUAAGUGAUAAUUAGUUGCUUACAGAAAGAAUGGGUAAAUUUAUGAUAGUCACAUGACAGUUGCGGGACAAAACACAUCAAUACUUCACCAUCUUGCUUGAGUUACUGGUACUCUUUGUAAAGCUAGAAGCUUUGCUCACUGCUACCAGACUUAUUUUCUAAAUUGAUCUGUAGGUCUUAAGGAAUAAAAAGUGAAUUUUGGCUAAUCAUAUUAAAUUUUUCCUGGAUAUUUAGUAAGAGGGACCAUAACUAUAGGUCAAUUGAUGAAAAGACCAUAAUAUUUUAAUUAUUUAAUACCGUCGUCCACUUUAAAUAGGAAUACUUAUUUUGUGUAACUUCUUUACAUAAUCUCUUUAAUGUGCUAAACUGAAUAUUUACAACCUAUUUAUUGGUAAGGAAAGUUUUUAUAUAUAUUAAUUAUUAUUUUUUUACUAUACCUUAUCUUUUUUCAAAAAUGUUGUAAUAAAACUUAUAAAAAAGUCAAAUGUGUUUUAAAUGUAAUUUUACUGUGGAUGCCAUAUUAUUUGAUAAUAACAUGAAAUAUUGUUUUCAUUUUAUAGUAUGUUCUAUAAAAAAAUACUCAAUAAAACAUCCUCAUCAGGAAUUGAAAACAUCAUAACAGUUUUGUGCAGUUGAUGAUAUUAUUCCUCCAUGUAUAUAUAAAUUUUUAUUACAUCGAUAACAACGAAAUAAGACCAAGUUUUAGUUAAGGGCAAUACCAGAUUUUUUCACAGGUUUUAAAUUGCACAAUUUAUAAGCAAUUUUCAUACUCGCAAAACCCUAUUGCAUACUGAACUUUAAAAACAAUGAUAGGAAAUUUUUUUUUGUUGAUAUUUAUAUAUAUGUUUACGUGAAUAUUAAUACCGGUAUAUGUUUUUCGUCAAUCAGUGAUGGAAACAGACAUCAGUACCUGUUUAAGACCAAACUUGUCUCAUAUGUAAAUCAGUGUAUGUGCUACAUGUAUUUUUAUCCAUAGGUGUAGUAGUGUAUACUAUUUAUUGUUUCUUUAUAUAAUGAAACAAUGAAUGAGUUUAUAAUAUUACAUGCAAUUUUAUACAACAGCCAACAGCAGUUAAAAAUGGAAUUAUUUUGAAGGUGGACUUUAUAGUAAUGAGACAAUAUUUAUAUAUGAAAAGUUUUACUCUCUUACAAGGUGUUUUACAAAUAUCAGUCACCACUGAAAAAGGGAUUCAUUUUGAUUUUAAGUCUGAAAGGAAGCUUUCUGUUUGUUAAGGUUGAUUUUGAGAUUUUCUAAGUUCAUUUUAGUUAUUUCGUAAUGACAUCGGAUGUUAGGGGUACGUAUGAAGUUGUGCCAAACAAAGUAAAACAAAGAAUUGUCAAUUCUGCAUUGUUUCAAUGUAAACAUAGAUUGUUUAGAAUGAAAGUAAUUAUUUACUCACACUUGGUAUUUUGAUAUUGUGCUCGAAUGCAUUGGACUAUGUUCUAAUUGUUGUUAAUUGUUUGGCCCAACCCUUAAUGUCAAUUUUUGAGUUUUUCAUAUAGUGAGGGAGAAGUUUUUACCUUUUUUCAGCAUUCAGAUUUCUUGUCCUUUUUUUUGACACGGAAAAACUUGUCAUUCAUUUUUCUUCUGACUAUUUUUUCAACAGACAAAGGUGAUUAUAAAGGCAAUUUAUCAAUUUUACCAAAAAAAGUAAGGUCACAUCAAAUCUACCUUUUUAUCAAUAGGAUUACUUCUGAAAAGGGGGAGCAGAUACCAAAAGAAAGGGGUUUAAGGGGGGAUAGAGAAAUGGAAACUACAGAUUCAUGCAACAGUUGUAGUCUUCAAAGAGAAUACAUAUCUUUUGUCGAAAGUUUGGACUUUAUGUAUUUACUUUAAUAACUUCACAGACAAAUUUAAUCACCAAGCCAAAAUUGAUAUUUUGAUGUUUAGUAUUCAUUUAUAAGUCUGAAAAUGUUGAAAAGAAACUGUCAUAUAGUUUUAAUUUUAGUGAAUUUAAACAGUUAUAUAAUUUACAUUGUAGAACCGCAUUGGACUGCUGCAUGUAUAUAAUGUACAUUCUUAAAUAGCUAUGGCUUUGCUAGAAGUAGUUUAUUCAGAGUGAUACUGCUUUAAAUUUCACGUUGAAAAAGAUGUAAAUUUGAAUGAAACAUUAUGCUAGCAAAUGUGAGCAAAAGUUAACUGUUGAAGUUUACCCUGUUAAGUAGGCAUAGUUUUAUUUAUUCUUUCUUAGUAAAUGGCUUUAAAUUAGAAAUAUUGUUCAAUAAUAAUAUAUGUUAAUAAGUUAAUUAUUUUACACUUUUGUACAAUACUUAUGUAAAAGUUAAGAUUAAAAGCUUUAAAAUUGACAUUAAUUUACUUUUAGAAGUUGUUAUUAAAAAGUCUUAGUAUUUUCAUUAAAUGAAUAUAAAAAUGAUAUUAUUUUUUCUGAUUAUUUACCCUUUAUCACUGAGCUUGAAUCUCAUUUUGAUAAGCUGUGACAAGCUGUUGAUAAUUUAAAGAUAAAUUAAACUAAUCUUCAAAAACUGUCCUAUUUUAGAAGUAAGAAUAGAGCUGUCCCCCUUAACUUAUGCAUUUAUUAAUUCUUUGUAUUGAUUGUGCCAAAAUCUAGUCAGGAAUACUAAUCUUUUUGUGAAAUCAUUUUUGAGCGCAAUGUCUGUUGUAUUAAGAUCACAUGUACAUAAAGCAUUACAAAAGUUGCUUUUCUUGUUAAACUAAAAAGCUUUGUUGAUUAUUUUCACAUCUAAAAAUUUCUUAUAGAUGUAAAUCUUGAGGAAUAUUGUAAAUCUAAUUUGUCCAAUGAUUAAGUUAAUUAGACUUCAAAUUUGUCACAUCCUAUAUACUUGCAACCGUUGAAAGCCCCUCUCAAAGGUAGACCACUCUUCUAUUAAGGACAAUUGCAUUAUAUGCUAGAACAGGAUUCUGAAUCUAACUCUUUAAAAGAGGUCACUUUUAUUUAAUUUCCUCUGUAAGGAUAUUCAUACUACAGCAAGACUACUGCAUUUUUAGACGAUGAAACAAUAUUUCCCCCUUGAGAACAUUUGGAUAAAAUUUUAAGUUUGAUGGGGUACUUUAUAAUACUUUUGUGGUUUUCAAAAGCUUGAAAAAAAAAAUAUACUUGAAAAUGUAUAUUAUUAAAAUGAUUAAAUCACCAAAUUAAAUUCUGGAAAAAUUAUGAAUAAAGAUUCUACCACUCUAUCAAAUUCAAUAGGAUAAUUCUCCAUGACACAGUAUAGAAUCUAAAAUUUUACAUUCAAGAGUGAAGAAAUAUUGUAUCACACCAUUUAUAGUGGUAUAAUUUGUUUUUCUAAUGGAUGUAAGCAAACAUUCUUAUAUCUUUCUUUUUAAUGAUCUGUAAAAAUUGUGUUCUUUUUUUAUUUAUGCUAUGUCAUCAAUCAGGAUCACCUUUCGUCAUGAGGGCACAAUACCAAAUUCAGAGGAAAGCAAGACAAUUUGAUGUCAUAAUUGAUUUAUACCAAUAAAGAUAUGAAAUCAAGACAACCACACUUUGAUUAUAAAAAAGUAAUUAACCCCUUGGGGAAAAGGAUAAAUCCACUGAGAAUUAGACCAUAUGUUUUAAAGUAUUGAGACAUUUUGUAACAUUAUUAUAUACGUUUUAAAGUCAUUCAUAUUUUAUUUGACUGUUUUUUUAGAUUUUACAUUUAAUACCACUAUGUUCAACAUAUCAAUACCUGAAUAGUUUAUGAUGACUUCACUUCUCUAAAAUUUACUGUUAACAACAUUGCUAACAAACAAAUAUUUCAAAGCAAAAUUAUUAAGGCUAUAAAUUCAUGACUAGCUUUUGAUGAAUAGAGAUUUUCUUAUUUUAAAUAUUUCAUUGUCACAAUAAUUAGUAUGAUAGGAAAUCUAUGAAUGUACACAGUUUUAAAAUUAUAUUAGAAAAUACUACUGCUAUAUGGAACUUGUAUUCACUUGUAUAAUCUAAAUUUUUUCCCAUUAUCCAAUUGUAUCUUUAAAUUUCAGUGUGUCACAGGUCCCCUGUCAUUGAUGAGGUAAUAGGUAGGGAUUAAAUUUUUGAAAGAUGUUAGUUGAACAUGUAAUUACUGUAUUAAUUGAUUUAUUCAUUACACGUUUAACUAUUAAAAGUUAACUUUAAUAUAUUGGAUUGCAUUUAUAAUGUACUGAAUUUACUAAAGUAAAUUUCGAUAUGUGGGAUUACUUAUUUUAUAUACAGAAGUAUUUUCUGAAAUUAGGAAUUGAUACAUAACAAUCAUAUCUAUUAUAUAUGCUUGAAGAUAUAAAUAUAGAUAGAUUCCAAUUAUUAACCCACAACAGAAAAUUUUACUAUACAACCAGUUGAGUGGCCUUGAGCAAGCAUAAAGCUUUAAUACAAAUGUUGCAUAAUAAAUAUAGUUACAGAUGAUCUUUUUGAAUGUGUACAAAGACCAAUGAUGUUAAGUGUGUUUGUUUGUUCAAUGAACCUGGUCAAUAAAAACGAUGUUUACUACCUGGAAAAUUAGCAGUUGUUAUCCUGGCUGUUCUGUUAAAACCCAGAGAAUGCACUUUGAAAAUGGGCUAUCCAUCUAUAUAGGAAAUUUUGGAAUUUCUAUUACACUUUAAUAUAAAAAGACUCCUACCCAUAGUUGAGAUUUGGAAGUGUCUUCCCUGGUUCCCAUGUAUGUUUUGAUGGAACAGCCUUUACAUGUUAUUCAAAUUAUGGAAGGUGCAACAAAAGGAUGCUACAACCAGUUUGACCAGUUUGUUUUUAUAUUUACAAUAGUUAAUGCAAAAUCAUGGUUCACUGAAAAAAAAACCAACUUAAGAUUUAACAUGCUGGGUACCCAUUCAAAUAAUUUAGCUGUAAGAAGAUAUUGUACUUUAUACAUAAGUUAUAUGUGAGAAUCUUUAAAUGUGAUGAGAUCUUUGUUUGAAAGUGUUUAAAUGUUAGAUGAAUUGAUAUCCUGGUAAGUUUAAAAUAAUAUUAAUAAAAUGUAUUUUAUCGUUUCUCUUGAAAAAGGGAAUUGUAAUUUUAGGUGUUUUAAUUCCAGGAGCAUAAGGUUGUCAACACUAAUUUAUUUUGAAAUUUUAAGUUCAGUGAAAUCCUGUUUUUUUUAUUACAAUUGAAAAGCAUAAUAUUAAAGUUUCACAUUUUUGCCUCAGAGGAGAAUAAAAAUAUUGUUUUGAUAUUAAGAAAUUUUAAUAAUCAAAUUGAAUAGUCUUGUGUUACUUUUGAUCUAAGGGACAUAACUGCAGAUUGUUUUAAAUUAAGAAAUGUAUGAUUAAAGUAACGUAUUCUUUACAUAGAAUGUAUAGUUUUACAAGCUAUAAAGCAGAUUCAAAGCAUCCUAGAUUUAUUUUUUGAGGGCUAAAGGUAGAAAAUGUUAAACUACUCCAUAUCAUGUUUUAGAAAUGGGAGAUAAUCGUUUUGUUUUCAUUUUGUUAAUGUAAGUUAAUUGUUUCAUUUUUAUUUUGUUCACAAAAACUAAAACAAAAUUUCUGUGUGACCUCUGUGCUUAAUUUAUCUGUAGAUAAAGAAGAAAUGUGAUAAUUUGUUUUCUCUUGAGUAUAUACAUUGUAUUUGAUAUUAGUGUUUCAAAGAAAAUUAUUUUUUUGUCUGGGUUAGAUUAAAUUAGUUUACUACCAUGAUUUCUCCCUAGGAUCUUUAUUUCAUUAGAUGUACUGUCUAUUUAAUAUUUCCAUCAAAGAUAUUUGACUGACUCCAAAGAUUAAAGUUUUUUAUUUAAGAUAUUCAAUGUCAGCUUUAAUAUAAUGUUUUCAUACUAGAUAACAAUGAAUUAAAAGAUAUAAAACAGAACCGUCAGACAAACAAAAUGAACCCAAGAGAAACAAUUAUGGUUAAGUGUAGGAUAGAUAUUCAUAAUCAAUAUCACAAGACUCAGACACUUUAGGAUGUAUACCUCUUUGACUUCCAUCAUACUAUUUAACUAGAAGUUUAAUUAUUAACCUGUUAAAAUUAUGAUAUUAAUACUCAGGUUAAAUAAAUCUUGAAUUGAAUUCAUCACAGUUGGACAUUUAGGUAAAAGUUAAUUAUGUACAUCAUGUAGAAUUUUCAAAUUUAGGAUGUUUGCUACUAAAAUUGAAUUAACAACAUUUUUAUAAAUGAUGUCCCUGUAGAUAGACAAUGUAUUGUACAUCAUAAUUAUGGGGGAAAUAAAAAAAAGGUCUUUGUUUGGGGUUUAGACAAAAACAUAUAUAUAUAACCAUCUUUGUAUUCAAAAUAUACUAUAUAUAACAAGAUUGUUAAACUUUUACUAGAUGUGUAUUGAUGUUUGAGUUUAGAGCAUUAAGAAAUAUAGGGAUUAGUGGGUCAUUUUCUUUUAUUUUGAAGACACAUCAAAGAUAUCAGGCUUAUUGCUUAGGAGACGACCAAAGGGUUUAAACUUUUGAGAUUUUAUCUGUCACAAAAAAUGUGUAAUGCCAAAUAACAGGGCCUGACUGAUAUAUUAUUUAUUUGAUUGUGCAAUAUAACACAGAAUCAGCUGAUUACAGCAGAGGCAAUAAUGUAAUUAUCUAUUGUAAACAAUUAUCUUGUAGGUAUUGUAGAAUUUCACAUGAUAACAUUUUGAAAUAUUCAUUUUAAUAUCCAUUGGGGUUUGUAUCUGACAUUAUUGUAAACUUGUUAUAUUUUAUGCCUUGUCACUGUCUUUUUGUAUUGUUUUGUUGUUAAUUAUUUAAAAAGUGAAUUUAAUUUAAUAAAAAUCAAGUCUAUUCUUAUACCCAGAAAUGAAAAAUUAUAUUAUGGGAAGACAUAUAA